UCAACCACCACAGGCAGAGUUGUGUUGCUUUAUAAUGUGGAGAUGUUUGUUUUAAAUCUUUUUCUUAUCUUAUUGCAGAACAACAUGGUGGGCAAACAAAACAAAUGCAAUCAUUUUUCCUUUAUCACAGGAAGGCUGCAGGACAUAUAGUCAGGCAUCAUCAUAAAGUAGCUGCCACAACUCAAUAUUUGACCUUUAGAAACACAGAUGUGCAGACAUUUCUCAGCUCAGCAGGAACACAGAAUCUGUCCACACCUGCUGUCUUCAUCAGAAAAAAGUAUUAGUGAAAACUGCAACAAUACCAAAACAUUUAGGUCAUUCUGGUGGUGGCUGUGGGUUCAAACAGACCAAUAAAUCUGCACCGCCAGCUCACACAAUGAGCGUUUCCGCUUACUUGUCUUUGACCACCGUUACUCUGCUGUCACAUUAGACUGAUGAUGAGGAGGAGGCGAGGAUGUUCAGGCUUCUUCUUCUCCUUGUUCUUCACCUCAGAGUCUAUGGGGAUCUGCUCUCCGUUAACAUCGGAGACGAAGUGACUUUGCCUUGUUCCUUCGCCUCCAGCGGCAAACGUCUAAGCUGGUACCAGCAGAGAGUCGGGGAGCACCCUCAGAUCAUCUCCUCCAUGUACAAACAUUCAUACUCCAAGAGCUUCAACAAAGAGUUUACCGACAGACGCUUUUCAGUUCAUACAGAAGGAGGGUUCUACAGUCUGAACAUCUCUGAUGUCCAGAAGUCAGACUCAGCCAUGUACUACUGUGGACACACCAGCAUCGCCGUCACAGAGUUUGACAGGGGAACCUUUUUGAUGGUAAAAGAUUCCACCUGCAGGUCCGUGCUCCAGAAGCCAGACUGGGACUCGGCUCCAGGAGGUUCUGUGACUCUGAACUGCACGCUGCUAACUGGAACCAGUGAGGGGGAAGGCAGAGUUUACUGGUUCCUGCAGGAGUCUGGAGGCUUCAGCUGGGGAAGCAUGAAGAGGCAGUCAGGCAGCAGCAGUGAGGGUACGAGCGGCUCUGAGAGUGACCCUGCAGAACACAGCUGUGACUUUACUUCCCCGCAGCGGGGCGUGGGCCCGUCUGAUGGUGGGACGUCCCUCUGUGCCGUGGCUGCAUGUGGACAGAUCCUAUUGGGGACAGGAAUGAGGCUGCAUGUUGGAGAGAAACGGAGCAGCCCUCCCUCUGUCAUGAUGCUCUGUGGGGCUGCAGCUCUGACCCUGUCCGCCAUUUUAAACAUCAUCCUCCUCUGUGUUUUCUGCCAAAAGUGCAGAAGAAGACAUCCUAAAGGGUUGCAGCAUCAGUCAGAGGUUCCUGCUGACAGUCAGGAUCAGGACUCCUCUGCGGUGCAGUACGCCGCUCUGGACUUCAAACAGAGACGAGAGACGAGCCUCACACGGACGACCAUAGAGGAGAGCGUGUACUCUGCAGUCAGACGCUCACACUGAAGCUCACCAUCACCUCUUUCAGUUUUUGUCACUUUUGUAUGUGUUUGUUUUAAAGGACCUUCAAACUCAUUUGGCCUUUUUAAUAUCUAGAUUAACUGAAGACUAAACAAAUCCAAGAGAGGGGAAACAAUUCAGACAAAAAUAUCUAAAGUAUCUAUGAGUAUAAUCUCGGUGUAUUUCCACAUUAAGAUGUACCACUACUGUCAGCUAACAACAGAAAGAGAUGAAAAACUCCACAGCCGCACAGCUUUGUGGCAAAAAACAUGUAAUAGAGGCUGGAAAAAUGUAAAACAUUAAAAAAAGGAGGAAGUCAUUGAAUUGUAUAAACUCCAAAACAAACCUGUUUGAAAUUAAAAUCAAUUAAAUUAAAAUGAAACUCUGUGUCAAGAGAGGCCUGGCCCAGAAGCAAACGUACAACUUAGUAAUUUAAAAAUACUAUUAGUCUAUUCAGACAUCAAAUAUCUGAAUCCAUCAAACAUGAAUACAAAAGAUAAAAUAUCUACGAGGUCUAACAUGUGCAGCCAGAUGACGAGGACUUCCUGUAAACUGUUUAGGAUUCUCUCAGAAAACAAUCAGUUCAAAUUUAACAGAAAAAAUACCCCUGAUACCCGUGUGCAACUCUGAAGAGUCAUCAGACGCUACAUGAUCACUGACAACUAAAGAAAAGCCAAGGGGAAAAAAAGAAAGAGACAAAAUCUAGGCUAGAAGUGUUUUAACGUUAAAACACAGAGAAAGAAAUGAGCUCUGUGUAAUAGAGACAUACUUUAUCUAUGAGUUAGGGUUUAAUCCCAGGCCUCUCAGCAUAUGUGUCUGCUGUUGCCAUUGUACCAUAAUGUUGCCUUUGAUAGUAAGACAAAUGACAAAAUAAACCUGGUAACUGUUAAAAACAAAAGAAACAAAAUGCACAAUGAUUUUAACAGCUAGUCAGCCCAUGAAAGCUGAGGUCUUCAGCAGCCAUCUUUGGCCUUUGGUCUUCAGACUCAGAAAGUCUAAACUUUUUGUUGCAUCUAGAGUAACACAUGUUUGUGACCUGAGUUCAGAGAAAGAAUCCAAGAGAUUUGGAAAAAUCUGAUUCUGUGAUGCUGUUUGUGUCUUCUGUCAUUUGCAAUUUUUAUAGUUCUUUUUUAUGUAUUUUUUCAUUUGGCUGACAGACACCCUCUCUGUCUUUAAUAUUUCCUGAUUAAUAAGGCUGCUUGGUAAACGUGACACAUGCUGCUUGUUAUGAUGCUGUAGACCACCUGUUGUGUUUGUGUCUGCUACUUACACUGCAUCUCUCUUGCAACUGUCAACCAGUUUAAAUUGUCUCUGUUGCAUCCGUCCUGCCUGGCUUUUGGAGGAGGGGCUUGUCCUGUCACCCCUAAUUCAGUAGUUCGACCAAAACCUUGGCAGUCAGGCCCCACUCUCUCCUCCCUUAACGAGUCCUCGUAAAAUGCAUGUUUUGUGUUAUGGAUAUAAUGUUUUUAUAUUUCCAAAAUUAAACUUUUGUUGGCUUUGGCUAAAUGUAUACCGGAGUCAUCCACAGUGUUAACGUGUGUUAUUGUAUGGGCAUCUCACAUUAAAGAGAAAAAUAAUUUUUCUAAAAAUGUUUGACGUGAAAGUUUUUAUUUAGAAACUUUGACAGAAAAUUGAUGCGUCAAUGGACUGGAAAUCCUGGAUUUAAACUCCUGCAUAAGCUUUUGUUGCUUUAGGGAGGGGCGGAUGUCAGAUGCAGACAUGGAGGCAAUGUAAACAUUCUGAUUCUUUAAUGAACGUUCUACUUUUUUGUGUUAAUGCAACGGGGACACACCACAGACAGACAAAACAGUGUAAAUCUGUCAAGUAAAUGGCUUAUGAGCAUGAAGGACCCAAAAUGCAGAGACGGGAGGCACACGGUUCCAGAGCAAGGGGUUUAAUA